AUGGAUAUUUCUGCUGUGGCAGCAGAAAAAAAACAAGUCCGAAUCCAGCCAAAAGAUGACCUGGUACUGCUGAGAGAGGUCCUGGCUAGAUAUCCAUUUAAAAAUAAGUCUGCCUGGAAUGAUAUAGCAUUAUCAGUUGAUGCAAGACGAGUCCGGGAAAGAUCACAUUUGCUGAUAGAUCAGAAUAAAAAAAACAAUGCUGAAUCUUUGAAGAGUUCAGGGAUUGAUGAAGAGUAUGGAGAGAAAGAAACUCUAUUGGAUGAAAUUCUUUCAUUGGUGGAGGAUGAAUAAAAACAGAAAGAAAAAGAGAAAGAGAAAAAGGAAACAGAAAAAAAAAAUGAGGCCGAAAUGGUAUACCGAAGGCAAGAACUUGAAGUCAAAAAACAGCAACUGCAAUUGGAGGAGGAUAAAUUCCAAUUAGAGAAACAAGAAAGAAUUCAAAAACUGGAAAACGACAAACAAGAAAAAGCACUGAUGUUGGAGCUGUUAAAAAUAUGUUUAGGUGACAGACAUUAA